UAACUCUGUUACUUUAGUUACAAUGAGAAUGCAGGCGAGACAACUUAUUGCUUUCAUAUUGACCCUCGCAAUAGCUGCGGUCUGCGGGGAGACGAAAUUCCUCCUGAACACUCGUCGGGUGCAGGAAAAUCCGCAGCAAAUCGAGGCGGAGGUGGAGGCUCUGGUGCGAAGCUCUUUUUACGCCGCGGAUCCCACAGUAUUAUCCAUUCCCCGUUGGCUGGGUGAUAGCUCCUCGCCGGAGAUCUCUGCUGUGGUUUCAGCCCGCCUUCAGCAGCAGGACAGCAAUAUAAUCAGUGUGGAUCUAUCCCAGGCCACCAAUGAAACAGAGAUCAUCGAUAGCGUUUCCAGCCUGGUAAUCCUCCUCAACCGAAACUUCGAUGUGCCACUGGAUCGCAUUCUCCUAGUGGGUUUCGCUGAGGGUGCCCACUUGGCAGGUGGAGUGGCUGCCAGGGUGCAGCAGGAUCUGGGUAGCCAGUUGCCGCAAAUCACUGCCCUAGAUCCCUCACCUGGCGAAGAUCUGGAGCACAAGUUAUCCCCAUCCGAUGCGGAGUUCGUUGAGGUGGUGCACACAAAUGCCGGAGGAGAGGGAACCUGGGAGCAACUGGGUCAUGUGGAUUACUACCCGAAUGGUGGACAAAACCAGCCUGGUUGCUCCACAAACUCCUGUUCGCAUGAGAGAUCCUUCGAGCUGCUGGCGGAGAUCUGGUCGCCGGAGAAUGACUUUGUGAGUGCCCGUUGUGGUUCGGUGGAAACUCUGGGCGCCUCAAGUUGCCGCUGGUCCACCCACAAAAUGGGCCAAAAUCGGGAGGAGGAUGAGCUGCCUGCCUCGGGCAUAUAUUUCCUGGAGACCCGACAGUCCUCACCCUUUUCCCGGGGAGCCUACUACAUCGGUUUCUUGUGAGCUUCGCAGCAGACCCAAUAAAAAGCCAAAAGAAUAAGGGAAACAAAG